CAGAGACUCACCACCACGACCACCUUCAGCAUACACAGAUACCAACAGCCUAGACUGCCUCGACGAUGCGGCUGCCACGCCGUCAUCCAUUCGCCUCCCAUGGCGGACAGGCAGAGGUGUCUCACCUCUAUGCGCUCUUUUACCCAUCAGCCGCCGUACCGCACUACGAAGCCGAUGCACAGCGAGCUCACGGCGUGCACCUCGUGCAAUCCCUCUACCUCGCCAAGGGUGGCUGUCCGGUAGCCAUCGAAUGCACCUCUUCCCUCGUCUCUUCUCUGCUACUCGAUCAUCAGCUCACAGGUCAUGCAGCUGUCGACGCUGGGCCUCUGACCCCACCUCCGGCCAUCUCCCUUGCUGUGCGCCAGACGCUCACCCUCUCCCUCAUCCGCCUAGUCAAUACUCUAGCCGACUCACUGCAAAAGGGCGCAUUCGCUAGGUCAAUCGCCUCGAUAGCAGAGCGCGAGCUCGGUCUGCCACAGUGGUUCGUCGAGUUCCGGCAUAGGGGAACGCACGAGGAGUUGCCCAGCUUAGAGAUCUGCAGGGAAGUCGUGGGGAGCGCAUUGGCUUGGAUAGAGGGAGCUUACUGGCUACCCACGCUGAGAGACGCAGAGAGGCGGAGGGUUAGAGCUCUCGACAGAAGGAGUCAGGGAUCUACUUCAGACCUCACAGGAGCCUUCCAAUUGCCUGAGAAGCCCAAGGAUGCUAGUGCACAAGUUCAACAUCCGUCAGGCAGUGGCAGCACCCUCCUCUUCCCUUCCUCAGCCUCACAAGUAGCGUCCAGCUCCCUCACGCCAGCCGAGAAGCUGCAGCGGAACCACACCCCCACAUUGCACGGUAUCUUACGGAACUACAAGCGCCUCUCGAAACUGCUGGUGAGAGACGAGUCCCUUCGAGGUAGGAGCCGAGCAGAGAUGCACGGCAUCUACCGAGACCUAGACAACUGGGUCCAAGCGGCCCGGAGAGAUGUGGGCGAGGGUUACCGCACGACAACGCUCACACGAGGUAUGAACCAAUCUGGUUCACGCAGACAGGUCGGUUGGGCGAACGAGGACGAAGACGAGAGCGACUCAGAGCAAGACGAGGAGUCACGUGGAAAUGUCCGACCAGGAGACCCGACUCUUGAUUGUCUCAUCAGGGUGCUGCUCUCCUCAACAGAAGGAGUCGGUCUGAUACCACUUUCGAAGAACAAGCGGGCAAAAAGGGCGAGAGGUCAGGAAGAAGGCGGUGAGGCACUGCCCAGUCUUCCGGAAGAGCUGCUCAUGGCGUGGAGCGGACUCCUGAAUCACUUAGGCAAGGGUGAUCCCGCAGGCGAGUUCAGUUUCAUCGAAAGCUGGCUGCAAAGUAUGAUCGAGCUCCUUCUCGGCACCUCAGUCACUGCGCAGGGCGACCUCGCAGAGUCUCCAGGCACGCAAAUGGACACUUCCUCCCGCCUUACGCUGCUAGCCUGGAUCAGAUUCAUCCUCGACGCCCUCUCUUUUACCGCCACACCUCCAUCCGGUCCUCCUGCAUCGGCAAACGACGAAGUCAUCUCUCUCCGCCUCUGCAUCUGCGCCCGUCUCCUCCGAUCAAGAUCUGGGAAAGAUCACGAGCAAGACAAGGAGAAGGAGAAGCAGGAAGGAGAGGAGGGACAAAGAGAGAAGGAGGGAAGAGCAGUCGUUCCGGAUUUCCAUGGCCUGUUGACUGGAGGAGGAACAAGAGUAGGGACAGGAGGGACAAGGGAGGAGAUGGCGCUAUGAUCUUUUGCUUCCCGAGGAAGGAAGGACGAUGGACGUUCUUAAUAAAGUGUAGUCUACAGCGAUGCACUCCGCACGGGGCAAUUUCGUCCUUGUCGAUGUGAAUCGAUUGCAUUUCACACCUCCCGCGAGUCAUCGCAUCUACAAACUUCAAUCCUUUUGUGAUCAUUACCUCUCCACCUCUACAUCUUCUUCUUCCUCUUCGCAAAGGACGCCGCCAUCCCCACCGCCGUCGCAGGGGGUACAGGUACGUCUCUAAAGCUCCUCGUGAGGAGGUUGACGG